UCCCUCUGUAAAUUCCUUUCCUUCACUUCAGAUCCUAAAUACUCCUUUCUCUCUAGAUCCAACCCUCUGGAAUUCAAUUAUAUUCAAUUUCGUCCUUUUUCAUGCCUUCCAUCAGAUUCCUAAAUCCAUAGAUACACUGCUAGCAAAGCCAUGGAUUCUCUCCCUUCCUUCAAUUCCAAUUCCAAUUCCCCUCUCAAAAAAUCACUAUCUGAUACCACAAAUAUCCAAAACCUCUCCUCCAUCCUCAACAACCCUCACUCCUUCAAAUCCACCGAUCCCUCCGCCUGGCUCGGCUGGUGGUCCUCCUCCACCACUCUAGCUCCUCCUGAUUUCUCCCCCAUACUCCCCAAACAACCGCCACCUGAUAUUUCCCGAUCGGAUUUCCUCCCCUACUUAUCUGCUGUCUCCGACACCUACUCCCGCUUCGAAGACAUCAAAAACCACUCUAAAAAUAACGACCUUGAUCAAGAAUCGAAGUCGGAUUUGGCGGAUGCGGAGUCCAAUUCGGAUUUGGCUGCUGUAGGGCAAGGGGAGGCGCUGGUUGCGUGUUUGAGGGAAGUUCCGGCACUGUAUUUUAAAGAGGAUUUUGCGUUGGAAGACGGGCCCACCUUUCAUGCCGCGUGUCCGUUUAGCAAUGCGGCGGCGAAUUUGAUGUUGCAGGAGAAGUUGAGUCAGUAUUUGGAUGUGGUGGAGUUGCAUUUGGUGAAGGAGAUAUCGUUGCGGUCGAAUUCGUUUUUCGAGGCGCAAGGGCAGUUGGAGGAUUUGAAUGGGAAGAUUGUGGAAGGGUGUGAGAGGAUCAGGGAGUUGAAGGAGACUAUUAGGGUUUUGGAUAAGGAUUUGGUGGAGUCGGCGAGGGAGAUUCAUGAGCUGAAUGUUAGUAGAGGGGAUUUGGUUUCUUUGCAGAAUAAGUUGAGGCUUAUUUUGUAUGUUAAUCAGGCUCUCUCCACGCUUAAAUUGCUUGUUGCAUCUGCAGAUUGUGCCGGAGCUUUGGACGUUACUGAUGAUUUGCAGCAGUUCUUGGAUGGAGAUGAGCUGACUGGUCUACAUUGUUUUCGUCACCUUCGGGAUCAUGUGGCAGCUGCAAUAGAGUCCAUAAACAGCAUCCUUUCAGCAGAAUUUAUGCGAGCUUCAAUACAUGGUGCUGGGGAUAAAGAUUUGCUUUUUUUAUCCAAAGCAAAAGCCAGGGAUUCCAUAUAUAUGAAUGGAAUAGAUGAAGAACAGGUUAAGUUGGAUGAUGAAGAGAUGUCCAAUUUUCGAGAUCAUCUUCUUCCUCUCAUUGUUGGGUUACUUAGAACUGCCAAGCUCCCCCCUGUGUUGAGAAUAUACCGAGAUACCCUUACAGCCAGUAUGAAAACCACCAUUAAGAAUGCAGUUGCAGAGCUGCUUCCCACCUUUUCAGCCCAAUCUCUGGAGUCAGAUCUCACACCUGCAGAGCGAACAGCAGAUACAGAUGGUGGAGGUUUAUCACUUGCAAGCAAGUUAAGGAGCUUGUCAUCCGAAAAUUUUGUGCUACUUUUAAGUGCUAUUUUCAACAUUGUACAGGCACACUUAGUGCGGGCUGCUGAAGUGAAAAGGGCAAUUGAGUGGAUUAUGUGUAGCGUUGACGGACACUAUGCUGCUGAUUCAGUUGCUGCUGCAAUUGCAGUUGGUGCAGCAGCUGCUGAAACAGCUCAUGAGAGUGAUGGUCUGGGUGGUUCUCUUCUCCCCUUUUCUCCACAGAGAAGUACUUCCAAGUUUGCUUCAUCUCAGCUGAAAGCAAAUGAUGCAGCAAGCCCCUCAAAUAUUUCAAGAAAUUUUAGAGCCGAUGUAUUGAGAGAGAAUGCAGAAGCUGUCUUUGCUGCUUGUGAUGCUGCUCAUGGAAGAUGGGCAAAGCUCCUUGGUGUCCGUGCUCUUCUUCAUCCAAAGUUGAGAUUGGUGGAGUUUUUAAGCAUAUACAACAUCACCCAAGAUUUUAUAACUGCCACUGAAAAGAUUGGUGGAAGGUUGGGUUAUAGUAUUCGUGGAACAAUGCAAUCACAGGCUAAAGCUUUUGUUGAUUUUCAGCAUGAAAUGCGAAUGACAAAAAUUAGGGCAGUGCUUGAUCAGGAGAUGUGGGUGGAAGUAGAUGUCCCUGAUGAAUUUCAGGCCAUUGUUGCUUCAUUGUUUUAUUCUGAAUCUGUGGGCCUAAAUGAUACUCAAGGUGAUGUGACAACCAGAUAUGGUGAAGUGGGCACAGGCAAUGAUGGUUCACUUGUGAUUGAUGCUGAAGCACAAAAUGCUGAACAAGAACUUGUGCAAAUGAACUCUACAGAUAUAUCUUUGGAAAAUACUGUGCAAAAGAAAUCUACUCCCUCAACAGAGGCAACUGAAAGCAAUAAAGUCAUAGCUGCAACUUCAUCAGCUCAGAGUAACAAUCAUAAUGUGAAGGAGCGUGGAAAAUCUACUUCCCAAACACUUUCUUGUGGAGGUGUUGGUUAUCACAUGGUAAACUGUGGCUUAAUAUUGUUGAAGAUGUUGUCAGAAUACAUGGAUAUGAAUAAUUUUUUGCCAACACUAUCUUCAGAAGUUGUUCAUCGUGUUGUGGAGAUCUUAAAAUUCUUCAAUACAAGGACUUGCCAACUUAUUCUUGGAGCUGGUGCCAUGCAGGUGUCGGGUCUGAAGUCUAUUACCUCAAAGCACUUGGCCCUUGCUAGUCAAGUCAUCGGUUUUGUACAUGCCAUUAUUCCUGAAAUCAGGCGAGUUCUUUUCCUUAAAGUACCUGAAGCACGGAAAGUAUUACUGUUGUCAGAGAUUGAUCGAGUAGCACAGGAUUACAAGGUUCAUCAAGAGGAGAUACUUACAAAGCUGGUUCAGAUAAUGAGGGAAAGGUUGUUGCAUCAUCUACGUAGUCUGCCUCAGAUUGUUGAGAGCUGGAAUAGACCUGUAGAUACCGAUUCACAGCCUAGUCCUUUCGCUCUAACACUUGUAAAGGAGGUUACCUAUCUUCAACGAAUCUUAUCUAGAACUUUACAUGAAGCAGAUAUUCAAGCAAUUUUCAGGCAAGUGGUUACAAUCUUUCAUAAAGAAAUUUCAGAAGCAUUUUCACGGAUGGAGAUCAGCAGUCAGCAAGCAAAGUUCAGGCUUCAUCGGGAUAUUACAUUUAUCCUUGGAUGCAUCAGAUCAUUACCUUCUGGUAACUUGAGUGAAUCAGGUACCCCAAAUUGGGGACAACUUGAUGAAUUUUUGGUUCAAAGAUUCGGGUCUGAAGCUGGCUGAAAAAUGUCAUCAUCAAGUGUCAAAUUGGUUGCUCUUCUAGUGUGGCUGUAACAUGAUUUUUAUGGAAGAUAUGGGAUGAUAGAACCAGCUCUCAACUUAUACAGUUGCCUUGUAGCAUAAAUUUGAGGUGUUUUGAUUGCUUUUAGGUAAAUAGUUGACAGCAUAUGUAUCAACAUUGAAAUGUUGCAGAAGGAAGUGUCUUUGAAGCAGAAUUUUUGUAGGAGUUUGCAGAUAAUACAAUUUUUUAAUUGUUUGAAAUAGUGAACAGCUGGUUCUAGCUAUCGAGUUGUUCUUCCAUGUGCCGUUUUCAGAUGCACUCGAUUGCUUAAUCUUGAGAUAAUUGUAUUCUAGUACCAUAAACACGAUUUCAUUUUUCAUUCUGUCUGUCUUCCAUUCUUUCCUAUCUUCAUGUACUGGUUCAUAAAUUAGCCUGAAGAUAUCAUCAACUACGUUUAAUUCGCAAAA